GGCGGCUCCUUCGGGAUGGGCGCGGUGGGCGGCUCCGCCUUCCACUUCGCCAAGGGCCUCUACAACUCCCCCAACGGCCACCGCCUGGCGGGCGGCGCCACGGCCGUCCGCAUGAACGCGCCGCGCGUCGGGGGCAGCUUCGCCAUCUGGGGCAGCCUCUUCUCCACCUUCGACUGCGUCCUGGUCUACGCGCGGCAGAAGGAGGACCCCUGGAACUCCAUCGCCGCCGCCGCCGGCGCCGGCGCCACGCUCGCCCUGCGCCGGGGCCUCCUCGCCUGCGGAACGUCCGCGGCCAUCGGCGCCGCCCUCCUCGCGCUCAUCGAGGGCGCCGGGAUCAUGAUGAACCGCCUCGUGCCGGAGGGCAUGGUGCAGCACCCUGUGCAGCAGGAUGACGGCCAGUACGCCGCGGCCGCACCACCUGGUUUCCUGGGAGUGCCGCCGGCGCCGCCGAUCGUGGUCCAGGAGGUCCCGGGCGCUGAGGAGCAUGGCCCGCCGACUGGAUGGCUUGGUGGAUUGUUCGGGAGGAAGCAGCGGGACAGCAAGGUUGCCGGUGGGGAUCGCAAGCCGGAGGUGGUGCAGAUGGAUUUGCCCCCCACGGCUAUUCCCUCCUUCGAUUAAUCCAAGUGAAA